GAUUUUUUAAUAUAGUUGAAACUUUGUCCAAUCAAUUAGAUAUUUUAAAUAGGUUUUAACAGUUAGCGAUCUUGUGUUAAACCGUGUCAUAAAUUAUGUCAAGACGGAAGAAAAAGUCCAAUGAGGCGCUCACGGCUGAUGAUCUUAAAUCACAAAUGUUUCAAUCAAUGAAAUCGGCUGGAGUUGUAAGACAACUUAAGGUUCAGCUACGGCAAACAAUGAUUAAUGAAUUACGAGGAAAAGGUUCGACCAAACCAAUCAACGUUAACAACCUUGAAAACUCAGAUUUGAUCGCUGCAACCAUGCAUAGAAGGAAAUCUUAUUCUUGGGUUCAAACUGCAUUGGAUAACAUUGUUUUGCAUCACAUUAAACAAAGCAAGUAUUAUUACACGUUGUCGUUGUUCGAACAAGAGUCUUCUGUUAGUUGUUAUUCUAAAUCAUUGACGGAACAAUUGCUGAGUCGUCUCGGACUUCAUGAUUCGGAUAUUGAGAUCGAUUCGAAUUCAUCUUCUGAUGAUCUUCCUCAUUCAUCUACUCCUAAGAACAAUCGGGAUCAGAAUUUAAUUCUCUGGAAUAUUCUCAACUCAAUCUCAUCCUUAGCGACCAGAGGAGGUAUUCGGAGUUUGGUCGAAAAUAAAGAAAAUAAAGAAGUUAAACUUCCACAAAGUCAACCUUUAACUUUAGCUGAAAAGUUCGCAGCUGUUGAUGAAGAGUUUGAUCAUCUUCCACAUCAGAGGACACAACGUGAUCCAGGAGUAACUGUGAGUGUCCUCUCAUCCGCUGUAAGAAGAGCUGAGGAAGAAGCAGAGAGGAGAAUGGAAUUGGGGUCUGCAUUAAAGCAACAGAACAUUGAAUCUGUUGUAAAAAGUGAGAACCAUAUUUUGAAAGAAAAUUUGCAAGAAUUAAAAAGAGAAAUAGAAAACUUAAAGCAAGUCAAUGUUACUAGGAUGCUAUCGCAGAAGAAAGAUGAAUCACAGAAAUUGAUUGAAGAAAUUGAAAGUUUAAAAAUUUCCAAACACGAACAAGAUGCUCAUCAGCGACACCUGGAGGAAAUGUUAAAAAACAUGAAACAAGCACUAGAUGACAGCAGCACUGCUCUUAUCCACGCCAACAAAAAAUUGCCGAAUCAUGUUCGUUUUCACGAGUCAUGCUCAAGACUUGUCGUUGAUGAUGAAUCGGCACAAAUUCGCGAAUAUGAGGAAGUUGAUGCCGAUCCCAUGAUGUUAUCUUCCCGUGGAUGCGAGGAUGAUGGAAGGAUGAGAGUCGCUCAUCUCGCAACAGAUGUUCGACAAAGAUUACGAAUACUUGAUGAAGAGACAAGCACACUAGAUGAGGAGUACAAGAAAUAUGUCAAUACUAAUUAUGGGAAACUAAUGAAAGCAAGAUGUGUGUCUAGAGUUGAUACAGAUUCUUCAAGAAAAAUAAAACUUCCAGUUGUGGAAAAGGAAUCUCAUAAAAGAGAAAUCCCUGAAAAGAGAAGUUUCCGGAACCAACUUGAAGUAACUUCAAAAGAAUUAAAGUUUUUGCCGACUCAUGAUGAUGAUGCAACAAAAUUUUCACAAUCAAGAAAAUUAAGAUUUGAUGACCGUGAAGUCACUCAUCACAUGACAGAUAAACCAAGUUUUUCAUCACUCUCUCUUGUUGUUGGGAAGAUGGAUGAUCUUCUAGAUGACGCUCCUGUUCUUCCAACAAAUGAUGAAGAAUCCUCUGAUAGGAAGAGGAUGAUAUCAGAGUCAUCUUUAUAUUCGGAGCAAAAAGAUGUUGGACCUCUUCUGAAAGAACACCUAAAGAUCAACAUCAGAUCCUCCGAUCUUCCUCCAAUUGCACCACGUCACAAACCUCUUGUUCCCAACAUCUUAGAAGAAAAAUCCCAACAUCAUGAUCGAUCUUCAUCUCCAAGUGAAACAAAUCCUCCUGUGAAUUGUGAUCCUCCUGAUGACGAUGAUGACAUCAUGGGAAGUAUUUCUACUGUUUCAUCUGCCAGUGUUCCUGAUGAUGCUGAUCACGUGAAAGAGAAAUCACCAGUUUCAUCAUGUAGUGAUUCUGUGAGCCUGCGUGAUGAUUCUAAUUUGAUUCACAUGAUGAAAAAGGAAUCACAACUUGAGAACAUGUCAUCCAAUCAUGGUGAAAAUUUUAAUGUUUCAUUAAAACAUCCUAAUGCCUCACGUGAUCACGAUGUGAUAUUUGAUCAACCAGCAUCACUUGAGGAUUCUGCAUCAUAUGAUCAUGCCGCUCCAACUAACCAAAGAGCAUCACGAAAUCAAUCAACUUCACAAGAUCAUCACGUAUCACGGGAGGAUCCAGCAUCACAAGACCAUCAUGCUUCACAGGAGGAUCCAGCAUCACACGAUCAUCGUGUAUCAGGGGAAAAUUCAGCAUCACAACAUCAUCAUGUAUCACAGGAGGAUUCAGCAUCAGAAAAUCAUCAUAUAUCACGGGAACACCAACUAUCACAAGAUCAUCAUGUAUCACCUGAACACCCACCAUCAUUAGAAAAAGAUGUAUCAUUAAAUGAUCAUCAUAAAAAUGCUCCUUAUCAUUUAGAACCCACAUCUGAAAAUGAAGAUGAUACAAUAUCAAGUGAUGGCGAUAGGAAGAAGAUCUUGAGUGAGUCAUCACUAACAUCUUCAUCAUUAUCUUCGAAAGGAGGGAAUAAUUUCGGUGGAAACAGAUUUUCAGAAAAGGUCCCUGAGUUUAAGGAAGAUGAUAUUUCCGACAUUCUUCGGUGGGAAGAUCAACAUCGCCCUCGUCUGGAUACAGAAGGUGAUGAUGAUCAGACACAAGGUGAAGCAGUGGAGUCUGAUGAAAUUCUUGAACAACUUGAUCCGUUUGAGAUGUCUGAUCCACAAUUAUCAUUGGAAUCUGGGGGCAAACAACAUUCUGAAGAAGAUUCGUGGUAGAGGACUUGUUCGUGUUAUAUGCCUAGUUACUGUUGGUAGUUUUUAUAAUAAAGUAUUUUAUACGCACUGUGUUAUAA